CACCACUAUUAUAUAAAUACAUCUUUUAAAUCAUGGUUUAACCUCAUACGGUAGAUAUUUAUCAAGGAAAUCCUUUUACAGAGGAAGAUAUUAUUCGAAAGGAAACGCACCUUGAAAAAUAUAUUUAAAAGGAAGAAAUAAUAAUUGAUUAAUCUACGAUAAAUAUUGUGUUAUAAUACAAGGAUCGCCACUGUUGGGGAUUAAAAAGACGAAAUGCGCAUUUGGCGCGGAAAGUUAUAAUUUUGCUUUGGUUGAAGACACAAAGAAAGAUGUACCAAUCAAAAGAUCAAAGAAAGCAAGAACAUUCUAAAUGUAAGAGAAUCAUAACGGACGACACGCAGCGUUUUAAUAUGGCGGGAAAGUGCGAGAAUAAACAUAGGAAUAAAGCAGACGUUAUCAGAACUAAUACAGAAAAAGUUACAAUGAAACGACAUCCAGAAUGCAAGAAAUCAGAGAGUAAUAGAGACAAGACAAACAGAGACAAAAGAGAUUUAGAUAAAUUGAAAUUAAGUGCAAAGCAUUCUCGGAAAAGGUCAUAUAGGAUUAUUUCAUUGGCGGACAUGUGUACGAAGACUAUUCUUAUGAAGGCAAGCUCAGAACCGUAUACAGAAAUUCUGGUCAAUAUACAAAUAGAUAAAACUAUUUUACUGAAAGACAAUUACUGUCAGGAUGCCAAGACAGUAAAUGUUAGGGACAGUAUCAGUAGCAUUGAUGAUUAUUUGUUAAACCGAAAGACUGACAAUAACUUCUUAUGUCAGAAAACAAAAUGGACGGACAAAUCAAAAAGUUCGGUUACGGAUAUUUCGGCACCGAAAAGCUUGACUGUAGAUCACAAAGGUAAACAUUUGAAUAAAUGUGAAAAAUCAACGAAACUAGAUAGUCAUUCAAUUAGUAAUGAUAAAAAAUCUCUCAGGGAUACAGAAAGUUUUUCAAAGAGAUCUCAUAAAGUGCAUAAUACUUCGGGCAAUAGCAAUGUCAGGUCUCAGGAAUCUAAAAGCAAUUGUGGACAGACGUUACUGAAAUCUCAGGAAUCAAAUAGCAAUUGUGGACGGACUUUGCUAAAAUCACAAGAUUCAAAUAGCAAUUGUGGACGAACUUUGCUAAAAUCACAAGAUUCAAAUAGCAAUUGCGGACGGACUUUGCUGAAAUCUCAAAACUCCAUAAGCAAAUGUGAAAGAAUAUUACUGAAAUCUCAGGAAGUCUUUACUGAAUCUGAUCGAAAUAUUUUUGCCGUGUUAGGCGCAAAAGCACUCGGGGAGGCAGAUAAAUUGACAGAAACUACCAAAUUUAAAACAGAACCAGUUGAUAUCUCUUAUGAAAAUUCGACUUCAUUGCCUACACGUAGUCCGUCGUCCGAAAAUAAGUCGGAAAAAUGGACAGAAAAAAUAAAGGUUAAAACUGAAUCAAUUGAUAAUUCGUAUGGCAAUUUAAAUUCAUUGACAAGUCCGUCUAUUAAUAAAUCACAUUUCGAACUCCGUAUCGAAACAACUCAGGAACAUUGUUCAAAGGGGUCAGCUAGUCCAUUACGCCAAACUGCUGAGAAAAAUGAAAAUGACGUUACUUCUGAUUACGAAGGAUCGUCGACUGGUCUCCCCUCAGAAGACGAAGAUAUAAAAGAAGAAGCUUUAGAGCCAAAGAAAUGCAGUUCUUUGCAGACUAACAUACAGCCAGAAUUUGAUGAAGACCUUCCAAUGUUAAUCAGUCCUCAAAGAAACAAGAUGAAGUUAGAAGAAAAGACUACGUGUGCAGAAAUGAAAACCUCAAAAGACAGUCCACCAAAAGAUUCAAAGAGAAUUUCAAAUAAUUUGAAAAUAACAGAAAAGAAAGAAUCAGACGACACUAGACGGAGCGGUUCAAAUGACAGAAUAAGGACAAAAGAAUGUACAACAUUAUCGAAAAAAGUAGUUCAUGAAAAACGUAAAAGUGAUGAUUUAAAAUCAAUCAAGACAUUGAGCUUUGACUCAUCAAAGACGAAUUUAGAUACUAAUUCCGGAAGCACAAGAUUAACACAGAAAGAUUAUUCCAGCGAAAAGAUAAAACAUUCUGAAAAAAGUAAGCCGCCAAAAACUAGACACAAUUCUACAAAAAAUGAUACGAAGAAUUUGCCUAGUAGACAGAUAAGUGUAGAGAAAGAUUCGAGUACCAAAUCAAACGUGACUUUAGAAGAUACUGUUAGUAAACACGACAUUAAAACACAACGUGAACUCUUCAAACCCGAUGCAGAUGCUCAUUUGAAGUAUAAACACAACAUUAAGUCAAAAGAAAUAGAAUGUAAAAUGCAGGCUGUUGCAGUUGAUAUUUUCAAGCUUGCGAAUGAAUUUCAAAAAGUGAAAACGUCAUACUCAGAAACAACAAAAACCGAACCGGAGACUAUAAGAUUAGAUGCAAUCGUGUUAGAUAAGUGCAAAGAUAAAACUUUGUCGAAAAAUGAUGUUGACAAAGCAGUUAGCAUAAAGAGUAAAUCAAUUAUUUCAGACGUCCAAAAUAAAAUGAAAAUAUCAACUUUGAUAGAUGAAUGCAAGAGAAACGCACCUACUCAUGAAAACAAGACCAAUGAGAUAGCACGAUCUAAAAGCUCUGACAAGUCAAGUAUAUAUAAGAAUUUAAACAAGGAUGAGCGGAACGGAGAAAGAAAAGUAGAUUCUAAUCAUAGACUUACAAAUUCACGUGAUCACAACAGGGAUGAUAAAGUUAUAAGUGAAAGAAGUCGAAAGCAUGAUGUAAGAUACAAUGGUCGAAGAUGCGACGAAAAGUAUGAUUGUCGAAGGUACGAUGAAGUAAAAAUGCAAAGAUGCAACGGAAAUAGUAGAUAUGCUAAAAGAGAUUGUUUACGAGCUGAUGAUGCAACAAGACUUGUUGGAAGGAUUGGAAGUGGUACAUUUGAUAAAGAUGCAAUUUAUAAACCUUAUGAAUCAGAAACACGGAUCCGCAUGUCUACUGAAAGAGAUGAAAAGAAAAUCUUAGGUAAUGAGGAAAUGCAAAGCAGUCAAAAACAAAAUGAAAGAAAUGAAAAUCCAUCUUCUUUAAUACCAAUAAACAAUAAUGAAGAUAUAAACCAGCAGGAAAGUGAUUCUAUUGAAGCAGUUUGUCAGAAAUCGACUGAUGAAUCAAAAGAAUGGAAAUGUUCAGAAAAUUAUUUGCAAACAAAUUAUGGAAAAAGUAUUAAAACAAACGUUUCUGUAGAAGAAAAUCAUCCAUCAGGGGAAAGCGUACUUGUUUCGAUUGCCCCUCCAAAGGAAGGCGAGGAGAUUUCAAAAGAUUCAAUAACAAAUUUAGCUUCAAACGAAAAUUUCAUCUCCUUGGAUGGUAUUGGACACGAAUCAGACCUAGCAUCAACUAAUCUCACAGAAGAGGAAGACAUGAUGUUUGAUAUGAGCGAAUCACAUGGACUUGCUUCAGAUAGAUCUGAUACUAAUGAAUUUUUCGGAGACCACGACACACGGCUAUCUACUAUGUCUGAUAAUAGUUCUUUGCAGCAAAGCAACAAUCAACCGCUUGACACACAUUUGAUUACAAAUAGUAAAAUUACUCUUGAAACCGUUAAUAAGGCAAUGAAAAGCAUCAAUCAGACUUUGGUAACUGUUUCAACGAGCAUUCAAACGCAUGAAGACGCGUUACCCAACCAAACCAAUCUUAAAAAUGUCAGUAUACCUUACAAUGAUACAGCGACGACUCAUUUCAGCAAAUCGACUAAACGGUCAACAUUUGACACUCAUAAUAUAAAAGAAUCUUCAUUGGAAAACCCAAUUAAAAAGAAAACAUUGCUACCAACGCCUACCAAUAGUGAACAAAACAAUGAACAAUUAAUUAGAUUACAACAUACCGUCAACAAACCAAAUACAAGUCGUCAAAUGAAUGCAAGUAGUAAGUGGGCAAUGAUAAAACCUACGCUAUUGCCAAAGGAAGAAAUUCAAGAUUUAUCCCUAAAGGAAGAAAUUCAAGAUAUACCACCAAAAGCAGAAAUUCAAGAUUUAUCACCAACGGAAGAACCUCAUGUACCAAAGUCUAUUUGUAUCUCCACUUCCGUAGAUGUUGCACAAGAUAUUUGUACAGUGAUAUCUGAUGAUAUUGUUUCAAAUCCAGACAGUGAUACAGCGCCGAAAAAAGAAGUACCGAAGCAUCUUGUCAAAUUUUCUGACGUUAGUGUUGUGAAUAUUGCAAAUUCUGAGAAUCCAAUACCGGUGUUAGUUGAUACCACAACCCCUACCGAUAAUGCACAAACAGUUCUUGAUAAUAUCAUAAUGAAGAAUACAAACCCUGUUGAUAUAAAAAAAAUUGACAACAAUACAGAGCAGGCUGGUAUUGUGAUAUCUGACAAAAAUACACAGAAACAUAUUUGUACAACAACGUCCUAUACGAAUGUACCGAAACCCCUUGGUAACGCGACUUACAAUGAAGAUGCACAUAAAACUGAUUGUGCGACGACGACCGUUCAAAAGACUUUUGAAAUAACAAUUUUAGACAAAAAUAAUACAUCAACUUCCGUGUGCAUUCAAAAAUACAAAAAGGAUGUAAUAACUGGAACACGUAAGGUAUCUGCUACCUUCCGUAAUAUUUGUAACAAACCCACUGAGAACGAUGCACUGACGUCUGAUCAAACAUCAACUUCUAACAAUGACGUACCCAAACGUGUGUAUACUGAAACAAACGAUGAAGAUGUGAAGAAAAACACAACGUUAACUAGCUUGUCUUCCGUCGAUUUACAGACACAUGCUUCUGAAAUAACUAACAAUGAAGGACAAAAGACACAGUGUAGUUUGAAAAGUGAAAAAUAUUUAACGGAACCUUUUAUUGUCGUAACUUCUUCAAAUAAACCGGCAUCCACCAUUUUAAAUGAAAAUGUAACUGAUGUAACUCUCAGCUCAAUAUCAGUGAAUGAUCUUAAAAAUGCAACACCGACUUCUGUAGCAUCAGAAACAUCUACCGACAAUAUGUCAUGUAGUAGUGACAUUCAGAAACAAGUAUGCAUAACAGCAAAUACUUCGCUGACCUCAUCAAAAUCUGGAAUCGUGGUUAAACAAGGAAAAAAUGAUGAAAAAGAUCCAGCAAAUAAUAAAAAGGAAGAUAAUGACGUAGUAGACCUCCUAGCUGAACACAUUCCGAAACAAUCUCUCCAUGAAAACAAAAGGAAAAUCAAACUUUUGACAAAAACUUGUAUCUUAUCGAAAAAAGUGAAAAUUAUACGUUCAACAAAAAAUCGACAAAGAAUUAGACCAAAAAUGAGUCCAGCAAAACGAAAUAUAGUUACUGAUGCUAGUGAUAACAUUUCUGUCACCAUUAAAAACGAGGAAAAAGAAAAGAACGAUGUUAGACAAAGCAAGACUGAUACGGAUGGAAAUAUAGAAGUUAAGAAAAAAGAUAGCGUAGUGAUAGAUCUUACCGACGAAGAAAGUCCGAAAAAAUCAAAUAACUGUAAGAGAAAGAUAGAUUUAGAACCAGCAAGCGAAUCUAAAGACAGCAAACGUGGACGAAUUGAACAAAACAAAAGAAAAAUCAAAUCAAAAGUUACUAUAGCAAAACAAAAUGAAAUUGCAAAUCGUACUGAUGGCACCGGUCCGAAACAGAUGCGAGACCGAAACGAUACUGAUAAAAGAACUACCGAAAGUAAGAGAAAUUCAAAAUAUGACUCCGAACGCAAUUAUUACAAACGCAAUGAGGAAACGAAUAGAGAUUCUAACUAUCGUACAAGAAAUAAAAGAUCUAGCAGUAAAGAGUAUGGAAGAACAUAUGAAAGUGCAGAAUACGAUAGAAACUUUCAAAGGAAAAGAAAGUACGCUAAUGAACACGAAGUGCCAUCACAACCUAUGAUGAACCAACAACCAAUGAAUGAUAUUUCUUACGUAGGACUAAAAGUUGAACCAACAACUGCACAUGCGCGAUGUUUUAAUGAGGUUGUAGGAUAUGCAUAUGAUUUCAUGCGUGGAUACUGUGAUUACAAUGAAAUAUCAAGUCAAUACGUCACACCAGUUCGCCGAUUUCGAACAAAUCUAAUGCGACAAUUAAAAGCUACUUUUGAUCGAUAUUUUUACGGACCAAAUAAUCCGUAUGAUCCGAUUUAUUCACUGACAGGUCCUCAGCCACGAUUCCGAAAUGAAGAUAUUAUGAUCAGAACAAUUUUACACACCAUUAAAAAGCCACAUAUUCGUCGCGGCACAGAUUGUCAUAGUUGUCAGUUUGAUGAUGUCAUAGGUUACGAAGGUUAUAAAAUUCCAUGCUUUUGGGUAAAAGUUGAAUUUCGUGAGGGUGAAUUUUUACGUGCAUUACCAAUACUUAAUCGUUCCUAUGCAUAUUGACAUUAACACAACUGAUCUAUUGUCUGUCUUUGUUCUUUGUGAUUUAUGAUAAACAUAUGUUGCUUGAAUAAAGUUUAUGUCUUUUGAUUAUUGUAAUGUCGAGAAUUGGACGAGAAAAAGUUCGAUUUGUAUUGUGAAGAUAUUUGAAAACAUUUUAUACGAUAUUGUUAUCAUUUCUAUGUUAUUCCUUAUAGUGUAAACGACAAACUGGACAUGUUUUAAUUUGAAUGUUUUAUAUUUUUAUUAAUAAUUGACGAUUGUACAUCACCAUAGAUACGUAAAUUGAAGGUUUAGUUUAGAAUGUCCAUCGACACUUUACUGUUAUUAAUUUAACAUGGAAUAUACAUGCAUACCUAUUUUUCUGAGAAAACUGGUAUCAACAUAGGCCUAUGAACAAACAUAAAAAGUUUCAACCAGAUAGUUAACUUUUAAAGCAUUUUAAAGUUUUACAUUUUUGUUUUGAUUAAACAUAUUUUAUUUCACAUUUUUUGUUCGAAAACGUAAAAAUUUCACUGAAGAUGAUUGCACAUUUUUAUUAUAAACUUCCAUCAUAUUUGUUUAUUCGAAUAUUCUCGUUUUCUUGCAUUACAAAUGAGCACAAGGAAAUUGGGAAAACGUUUGAUCUUCUUAUGUGCGUGAACGCUCAAACGUGUUUCUGUUGUUAGUUUUGCAUUGGCAGAUGUCCUAUGUAGCUCGACAUGGGCAGAUCAACGGUAUGUGGAAAAGAAUGGGCACGAAUUCUUUCGAAAUAGUAAAAUUAUUAUGCAUUAAUACCAAAAGUUAUGUAUUUUUUCAUAUAAAAGUUUAGUGUUCGCCCUAUCCAUACCACCGCUCGAUUUGAAUAGAACACUUGACAGUCAUGUACGAACAACAGAAACACGGGACCAAGAUUGACGAUGUUGAUAUUGGCUCGGAUAAUGUUUUUUCAUGAAUUGUAUAUGAUUAUACAUGAAACUUCUACAAUACAGUUUAAUAAGUAUUUUUACAUAAUAACAUGUCAUACAACUAUGUUUAGCAAGUUGACAAUGUUAGUCUGUCAAAUAAGGGGACGACCAUUUGAUUUUCUUUGAAUGUUGGUUACUUUCAUUUUUGAAAGAUAUAUCCUGGCUUAUUUAGAACUGAACAAAAUACGAAUCAGAAAUUUUGGAAAAGGGUGAAAACAAUUUGCACACAGUUAUGCCGUGUCAACUUAAUAAAUGAGAUGUCCUAGCAACAUAAAAAAAAUGGAUAUUCCAUUCGAGAAAAAAAAUCUCAUGCAGCCUCCUCCUAAAAGAGUAUCAAGUGGUCGGCCCUUUUUACAAUUUGUUAAUAUAUACAUUUAUACAUGCGUAUAAAUAUAGUGACAGCAGCAUAAUAUGCAGUGCAAGAGUAUUCAUGUUCCUUUUAUUUUUAUUGUCUUAAUUUUGCAUCUAAUACUAAGCAUUAUGACAUUCACUUGUAUAUCUACCAAUGUUUUGUCAGGGAAAUGUAAUUAUUGUUGACAGUUAAUUGUUUCUAUUUUGUUUAUCAUACCAUUAUGCCAAAUACCAUUUGUUGUUAUAAUUUGUUUGUUCUCAGGAAUUUUUAUAUAACUAUGUUUACAAUCAGUGCUAAUUAUUAAAAGAAAUUGCGAUAUAUACA